AUGAGCUGCGAUCUCUGCCACUUCAGAAAGGAGAAGUGUGUCUCCGACACUGAUGCCAAUCAAUGUCAGCGAUGUGUGCGGCUUGGUGUACGUUGCACCAACAAAAGGAGACUGCCGCGGCUGGGUCGACGGCCCAAAGUGGAACAACUCCCGUCCGGAACCUGCGGUCUCCUCUGCUUUGACUCCAAUGGGAGCCAAGAAUCUCUCCUUGGAGCUACUGCCCCUUCGGUAUCUGCGCCGUCGUCUAUGCCUGACUUGUCUCGGCGGCGUGGCAAUGAGGAUACAGAUAUCGAGCAGGCUCUCGUAACGACGAUGGCUGGUUGUUCGCCAUAUCCUGUCUUUAGGAGUCACAUGCUUUCUGUCCACCCUCUGGGACCGGCAUUCUAUCUGCUGAACGAUCCCGAAAGCUUUUAUCGCGUGCAUCGGCGAUUUAUGAUAGGCCGCAGCUUUAACGACAUCUUCCAACGCGCCAUUUGGGCCCAUCUUCCCCGAGCCAAUGGCAUCCUGCUGAAAGCGUAUGAUGUGACAUUCACUACGUGGAAUUGGGAAGCUAACCGACGGAAAACCCGAAGCGAGGUUGACGCUUCGUUGGCAAGCGAGUGCCUUAAUUUUCUCCGUCAGCACCGUUUUGAGCAUCCUGGAGACGCUGCCGCCCUACUCAUGUUCUCCCAAAUCCUCUUCGUAUACCACAUAAACAUGCAUUGCACAUCUGCGUACUCUAUUGUCCGCAGUGCCAUGUUUACAGCAGCACCUCACUAUGAGGAGCUUCUCAUGGACAAAAGUUUGGACCCUAUCACUGUUACACCGGUCCUUAUCGACACCUGGGAGGCGCUGAUACGACGAGAGCUACCAUCAGUCAGGGUUUCGUCCUCGACCCGUCUUAUCAUAGACAGGACUGUUGGACUCUGUUGGCCUCUUAUUCUCUUGUUGCAGGAGUUAUGCGACCGUAGCUAUCGUCAGAAAUGUGCAUUUCCCAAUUACAUAGACAGGGAGUACGCUUACAGAGACGUAGAGAGUCGGAUUCGAAACUGGGAGCCUACUAUACCUGAUGGAUUCUUUGAUCAGUAUCCCCCUCUGGUGGUGGACACCAUGUUUUUUCAGGUCCGCAUAUAUCGUGCGGCUUCGCUAUUGAUCAUUCACAGGCUGCGGCACCGCUUAGGUGAUCACGACGAGGAAGCACUUUCUCUCAGCCGCAUCAUUUCGUCUGAAGUUUUGGACUUCUUAUCAUGGGCGCCUGAAGAGCUGAGACACCUGCCACUCGGACUGCCCCUGCUGGUCGCGGCCAUCGAGGAUCGGGAGAUUUGCAUGAAGAUAAUUCCUCAGUUGACAGUUUUGAACCGAAACCAAGAGCUGCUCUCGCAAUAUGUGAGAUUUAUUGAUAUUGUCUGGGAAGCGAGACAUCAAGAAUAUGGGGGACUGUGGUUUGACUUGAUUGACAGUAUCCAGCCGCCAAUCAUAAUUUGA